CCAAACUCCAGCCCCCAAAGCGAAAUGAAAUUGAUGAGGAUUUACAAAACGUAGAAAACCAAGAGGAAACCUUAAUUAAUGUUGAGCUAAAAGUGUACAAACCCGAGAUUAAGGGUUCCUCUUUUGUCUGUUUACUUGCAGUGCAAGGAUGUCGAAACGCAGCGCGGACGACGCCAGCGGCGGGAGCGGGAGUGGCGCCAGCAGCGGCCUGGUGGCAGCCGCCGCCGCCGGCCAGCCGCCCAUCAAGAAGGUGCACUUCGAGCCGCACCUGAUUGGGCCGGUGUCUACGCUGGAGGAGAUGGACAUCAAGGUGCUGGAGUUUCAGAACAAGAAGCUCGCGCAGCGCAUUGAGCAGCGGAUGCGCACGGAGGCAGAACUCCGGCACCGCAUCGAACAGCUGGAGAAGCGGCAGACGCAGGACGACGCCGUGCUGAACGUGGUCAAUCGGUAUUGGAAUCAGCUGAACGAGGACAUUCGCGUCCUGUUACAGCGCUUCGAUGCCGAGACGGCCGACGAGCUGGAGAACCGCAACGAGAACGAGGUGACCACCUCUUUUCUCGCGCAGCUGUCCACCUGGGACAAGGAGGAGCUGGACGAGAAGCUGGCCAACCGCGUGCAAGUGUCAAAGCGGGCGGUGGCCAAGAUCGUCCAGGUUAUUGAUAGGUUAAUGCAACGCAACGAGAAGAUAACUCAUGUAUUGAAAGGUGAUAGCCUGGCCGGCUCAGCAGCUGGAUCUGGGGCGGCCGGGGACGAGGAGCAGCAGCAGCAGUCCAGUGGCGAUGCGGAGUCGGCGACCAGCGCCGCCGCUUGCGUCAAUGCGCUAGAGGAAACGCUCAAGCAGACUCACAUCGAGAUCAUGAGCGAGAACCACAAGCUGCAGAAUCUGAAUACCUCGCUACACGAGAAGUUCCACACCAUGUCGCUGAAGAUGAAGGAGUACCAGGACGCGCACACCGCGAAGGAGACGGAGAACGCCGAACUGAAGAACCAGAUCGACGAGUUGCAGUAUGACCUGGAGAAGAUUCACUACCGGAACGACAAACUAGAGAACCACCUGGCCGAGGCCAUUGAGAAGCUGAAGGCCUACCAUCAGAUUUACGGUGAUCCCAAUAAGAGCAGCAACAGUGCCAAGACGCCCGCCUCGACGGCCAUGGGCACCACCACAACCAACGUGAAUAGCCAGCACUUGGAGGAACUUCAAAAGGAGCUGGAGGAGUAUCGUGAACUGGCGAAUAAUCGCCUGCAGGAGCUGGACAAACUACACGCCACGCAUCGGGAGACCCUUAAGGAGGUGGAGAAGCUCAAGAUGGACAUACGACAACUGCCCGAGUCGGUAAUUGUAGAGACCACGGAAUACAAGUGCUUACAGAGCCAGUUCUCCGUGCUCUACAACGAGUCCAUGCAGAUUAAGACUAUGCUGGACGAGACCCGAAAUCAACUGCAGACGAGCAAGAACCAGCAUCUUCGGCAAAUCGAGGUGAUGGAGAGCGAGGAGCUAAUUGCCCAGAAGAAGGUCCGCAGCGAGAUGAUCCAAAUGGAGGACGUGCUGGCUCUUAUUCGCAAGGAGUACGAAGCGUUACGCAUCGAGUUCGAGCAGAACAUGGCCGCCAACGAACAGACGGCGCCCAUUAACCGCGAAAUGCGGCACCUAAUCACCUCGCUGCAGAACCACAACGGACAGCUGAAGGGAGAGGUGCAGCGUUACAAGCGCAAAUACAAGGACACAUCCACGGAUAACGUGAAGCUGCGCAAGGAGCUGGACGAGGCUUUAGCCACGCUCGAAGGCAACAAGCUGAAGUCGGAAUCAGGUGCUGCCGCUGGCGAAGAAGUCAAGCAGGAGAACGCCACGAGCGUGAAGGAAGAAAACUCCAACAAUGCCUCCUCCUGUGGCCAGUCAAAUCAAAAUAAUUCCUCGGGCAGCGACCCAAACAUCGCCCACAUCAAGGAAGAGAACUCCGUUUCGGCCGAAGACGAGGCUGAUGACGAUGUUAAAGAUGUCAAGGACGGCAGUAUCAAGCAGGAGAAGCUCACCGCUGGAGAAGCGGCAGCGGCGGCGGCAGCUGAGAAGAAAGACUCCCCUGGUCCAGGAAAUUCCACGAAUGCUUCAUCGACGAAUUCCAGUUCCGGCGGUGGGACGGUCAAGAACGAAAAGGAUUCCAAGGACGGUGUCAAGGGGAAGGAUGUCAAGGCAGUGGAAAGCGAAGCCAUGCGAGAUCUGCGGGCACAACUAAAAAAAGCGCUGAACGACCAAAAGGAAAUGAAACUCCUGCUGGACAUGUACAAAGGCGUCUCGAAGGAUCAGCGCGACAAGGUGCAACUUAUGGCCACUGAGAAGAAGCUGCGCUCCGAGAUCGAGGAGCUGCGCCAGCAGCUUAAAAAGCUGCAGGAAAGCAAGCGCGAGGAGCGCAAGAAGCUGGCCGACGAGGAGGCACUGCGUAAGAUCAAGCAGCUGGAGGAGCAGAAGUACGAGCUGCAGAAGCAAAUGGCCAACCACAAGCCCUCGGAGAACGCGUGGGGCAGUGGAGCACCCGGCACGGCAAACUACACACGGCCCUUCGUCGGCUCCCACGAGGAGGAAGCGCUGCUCAACGAGAUGGAGGUGACGGGGCAGGCCUUUGAGGAUAUGCAGGAGCAGAACUCCAGGCUCAUACAGCAGUUGCGCGAGAAGGACGACGCCAACUUCAAACUUAUGUCGGAGCGCAUCAAGGCCAACCAGCUGCACAAGCUGUUGCGCGAGGAGAAGACGGUGCUGGAAGACCAGAUGGCCACGGCCACCACGCAGAUCGAGGCCAUGCACAUUGUUCUGCGCAAGUUGGAGGAGAAGGAGCGCAGUCUGCAGGCCACCGUGGCCUCCAUCGAGAAGGAGCUGAUGCUGCGGCAGCAGGCCAUGGAGAUGCACAAGCGAAAGGCGAUCGAGUCGGCCCAAUCGGCGGCAGACCUGAAGCUCCAUCUGGAGAAGUACCACGCGCAAAUGAAGGAGGCGCAGCAGGUGGUGGCCGAAAAGACCAGCUCGCUGGAAGCAGAGGCCUACAAGACAAAGCGGCUGCAGGAGGAGCUGGCGCAGUUCAAGCGAAAGGCGGAACGCAUGAAGAAGAUGGAGAUGUCGGGAACCACCAUCGACGAGGUGAUGAUCGAGGAGAUACGUGAGUACAAGGAGACGCUCACGUGUCCCUCGUGCAAGGUGAAGCGAAAGGACGCUGUGCUGUCCAAGUGCUUCCACGUCUUCUGCUACGACUGCCUGCGCACGCGCUAUGAGACGCGGCAACGGAAGUGUCCCAAAUGCAACUGCGCCUUUGGCGCCAACGAUUAUCAUAGGCUAUAUCUGCAGUAGAUAAGCGAUAGAACCACCCGUAACGAUAAUUUUAGACCCGUUCCGGUCCAUGUCCUCAAUUCACGCACACCUCACACCACCCGCUAUCCCCAAGCCCACACACUCAUGCCGGAAUAUUCAUUACGCAUAAUAUUACCGUACGUACUAAUACUUGGUUAAGUAGUCUCCGAAUAACAUCCCAGAAGUCCCAAUCCCCCGUGGCAGUUAUCUGAAUUCGUUCAUUCAUUAUCGGCGCCAAGCAAAAAGCAUCUCAUGAGUGCCGCGAGCGACCAUGCGCGGCUUUUUUUAUGUAGCUUCUAGUUUUUGUAAAUCGAACUCUAUUUUUAAAUGAUUUAAUUUGAAAACUAAAUGUACGAACACUAAUAAAUGGCUAAAAACUUUAUGUUUAGAGCGUAUCCAA